AUGGUCUAUUCUACAUGGUUUCUACUUUGUUUUCUUUCAACAGCGUUUUGCUACAAUGAAUCUGAUCAUAACAUCCAUGGAACAAAUGCUUACGGGUGGGAAUUUGUACGAGAUUUGUUUCGAGAAAAUUUUGUUCAACAACAAGAGUUAGGUGCAGCUGUAGCAGUUUAUCACCAUGGUCGUCCAGUUGUGGAUCUCAAAGGUGGAUGGUUUGACGAGGCAAAAACCAAAUUGUAUGAUGAUAAUUCUCUACAGUUAGUUUUCUCUACUACUAAAGGAUUAGUAGCUGUAGCUGUUGCACUUUGUGUUCAGAGAGGUUUACUUGACUAUUCAGCAUUAGUGACAAAAUAUUGGCCAGAAUAUGGACAAAAUGGCAACGAGAAUACGACAGUGGCCGAUAUUCUUUCACAUCGUGCCGGAUUACCGUAUACAUCAUCGCCAAUUGAUCAAUUUAGGAACUGGACAGCUAUGAUUCACACACUAGAGCAAGAGCAACCAUUAUGGCAUCCAGGAAUAGCUCAUGGUUAUCAUGCAGUGACCUAUGGUUGGCUAGCUGGUGAACUUGUUCGCCGUGUUGAUUCAAAAAAAAGAUCUUUUGGACAAUUUAUCAAAGAUGAGAUUGCAACUCCACUACAAAUAGAAUUCUAUAUUGGUCUACCAUCCAACAUUCAAUAUCAUGUAUCUCCGGUAGUUCCUCAUCCCGAUGUGAAGAACACGCUGAACGAAACCAUGAAAGAUUUCUUUCAGAUAUGGAAUGAUCCACACAUACAUCAAGCAGAUAAUACCAGCAACCAUUGGGAUAUCCAAUGCUUGGUCAAUCGUACGCCUUUAUGCAUCACUUAUCGGUCAUCUCGACGACGGGUUCGAACAUCGAUUGUUAAGUGA